UUCCGCCCCUCUUCUCUUUCUCGUGGCCCAAGAUGGCGGCGCCGGCGUCGGGAGGUCCUGAGGGCACGUCUUCGUUCCUCGGCUUCGGCCCCAAUUCCCGCGACCCGGGCCGGCCCAAGUCGCGGCGUGUGGGCGGCCAAGGGGCCCGGAACCGCAAGAAAGGCUGGAAGCGGUGGCGGGGGCCCGAGGCCCAGCUCGGCCGGGACCUGGGAGACUGGCUGGAGGAGGCGUCGUCCGAGCUGCGGCAGUUGGGAGAACCAGUGUCAGAGAAACCAAAUGAAAGCCUCUUCUUUGUAGACGUCGGCAGCGAAGAGAAAGGCCAAAAACAGAAGCGUGCCAAAGAUAAACCCUUGAGGAUUGACUUAAUUCUACAGCCAGAUGCUAAAGUGCCUCCACCCAAAAAUGUCCUUGCGCAUCAGGUCCCCAAUGGUAAGAAGCUGAAGAGGAAACAGCAGUUAUGGCAGAAGCUGGGAGAGAGAGGGCUGCUGCCCCGCAAAGAGCGCCUCCUUCAGGAGAGAUUAAAGAGGACACCAGCAGUGAAUGCCAGCACCACAGAAACAGAUGCCGGCAUGAACCCCUCAAGGGGGUUUUAUGAUAUUUGGUCAGACUCAAAUCCACUCGAUCAAGCCUUAGUAGGGAAGGAUACCUGGUUCCUGGAACAGACCAAAAAACAGCCAGUAAAGCGUCCAGAGAGGCUGAAGAAGACGCCAUCCCAGCUGCCAGCCGUGGAAGUCAUCUCGCCAGGAGGGUCUUACAACCCUAGUUUCCAAUCCCACCAGUCACUGCUUCUCCAAGCCCAUGAAAUUGAGCUGAAGCGACAGAAGAUGGAGGAGAAAUUGGACCGCCAGCUGAAAUUUCCCACCGUAGAUGAAGCCCCCACUCAGGAGACUGUGUUCCAGGAGCAGUGUGAGGGGCUCUUGGAGGAGGAAGAGGAGGCUGAUGGGGAGCAGCAGCAGCAACAGCAGGAAAGCCUGUCGAAGCCCCAGGAAAGAGAAGAGCAGGCAGGCGCUGCCUCUCCCCCUCACGGUUCCCAGGCGGCGGCAGCAACAGCAGAAAAGAAGACAGAGCGGCAGAGGAAGAAGGAGAAGGAGGCCAAACGGCUGAGAGCCCGGGAACAGAGCGAGAAGGCGGCACGGCUGCGGCGGCAGGAGCUUUUCCAGCUGCGGUCGCUCCGACUGCAGGUGAAGCAGCGGGAGGCGGAACUGCAGCGCCGGAAAGAGGCCCGGGAGGCCAAGCGAUUGGCCGAAGCCGACAAGCCCAAGCGACUCGGCCGACUGAAGUAUGAGGAUCCUGACCUGGACGUGCAGCUGAGCUCCGAACUGGCCGAGUCCUUGAGGACGCUGAAGCCUGAAGGCAGCAUCUUGCGAGACCGCUUCAAGAGCUUACAGAAGCGUAACCUGAUAGAGCCAAGAGAACGCGCCAAAUUCAAGAGGAAAUACCGUCUGAAAUACGUUGAAAAACGUGCUUUCCGGGAGAUUACGUUAUAGAGCAUCCCAAGAACUCAUCCUGUCCCCUCAUGUUUCAUUAAAGCACCAUUGAUAACCCCAAGA